AUGGCACCCAAGGCUAAGCCCGCCCGCGUCCAGGAGAACGUCCAGCUCGGUCCUCAAACCCGUGAGGGUGAGCUCGUUUUCGGCGUUGCUCGCAUCUUCGCUUCCUUCAACGACACCUUCGUCCACGUUACCGAUCUUUCCGGCCUCCUCCCCUACGCCGCCAUGUUGGCCGCCCAGGAUGUUGCCGCCCGCUGCAAGGAGCUCGGCAUCACUGCCCUCCACAUCAAGAUCCGCGCCACCGGUGGUAACGGCACCAAGACCCCUGGCCCCGGUGCCCAGUCCGCUCUCCGCGCCCUGGCCCGUGCCGGUAUGAAGAUCGGCCGCAUCGAGGAUGUUACCCCCACCCCCUCGGACUCUACCCGCAGAAAGGGUGGUCGCCGUGGUCGUCGUCUGUAG